AUGCUUCGUCUUACCGCUCUUUGUGCUACUCUUUUCGCGGUGUCAUAUGCAAUUCCUGUUGAUAACGGCGUCGAAGGUGAGCCGGAAAUUGAAUGUGGACCAACUUCAAUAACCAUCAAUUUCAAUACACGUAAUGCAUUCGAGGGACACGUUUACGUGAAAGGUCUUUACGAUCAAGAAGGCUGCCGUAACGAUGAGGGUGGACGUCAGGUCGCUGGAAUUUCACUUCCUUUUGAUUCCUGCAAUGUUGCUCGUACGCGGUCUUUGAAUCCACGAGGUAUCUUUGUAACGACCACUGUUGUAAUUUCCUUCCAUCCACUGUUCGUCACAAAAGUUGAUCGAGCAUACCGAGUGCAGUGCUUCUAUAUGGAAGCUGACAAAACGGUCAGCACCCAGAUUGAGGUGUCUGAAAUCACAACUGCUUUUCAAACUCAAAUUGUCCCCAUGCCUAUUUUGGAUGGUGGACCAACCGGACAGCCAAUUCAAUUUGCUACCAUUGGCCAACCAGUUUAUCACAAAUGGACCUGUGAUUCCGAAACCGUUGAUACCUUCUGCGCAGUUGUCCACUCCUGCUUUGUGGAUGAUGGCAACGGUGAUACGGUGGAAAUUCUGAAUGCAGAUGGUUGUGCUCUCGACAAAUACUUGCUGAACAAUUUGGAAUAUCCAACAGAUCUUAUGGCUGGUCAAGAAGCGCAUGUGUACAAAUACGCGGAUCGAUCACAACUUUUCUAUCAAUGCCAGAUCAGUAUUACCAUUAAAGAACCAAACAGUGAAUGUGCUCGACCACAGUGUUCAGAGCCGCAAGGAUUUGGAGCUGUUAAAACGGGCGGUGCCGCGGUUAAACCUGCAGCAGCUGCUCAACUCCGCUUGCUCAAGAAGAGGUCUGCGGAACCAGAGAACGUCGUCGACGUGAGGACUGAUAUUAGCGCCCUUGAAAUCAGCGAAGAUAAUCAAGCUCUACCAGUUGACUUACGUCAUCGUGCACGUUUGCAUCUCGGUGGACAACCAGUGGUACUCGCCGCAGUGCAAAACGGAAUUUGCAUGUCACCAUUUGGCUUCUCAAUGUUUAUGGGUUUGAGCAUUGCAUUGAUUGCUGCCGUCAUUGUCACCAUUUCCUUGAAAUUUCGUCCAAUGCAAAAAGCAUGA